UUUCCCUAGAUCUUGGUGAAAGGUACAGUAGGGGAUGGUUUCACUGGAGACAUUGGACUUGAUGACAUGUCAUUUCUAGACUGUGCUGUUUACAAUGGAAGCUUGCCAACAAUCUCUACAACUCUAUCAGGAACUUCCAGUCCUAUCACACUCCCCUUGAACAACUGCACAGAGAAUGAAUUUGUCUGUAGAGCCUCUGGCCAUUGCAUCCACAUGAUCCAGAAGUGUGAUUUUAGACCUGACUGCUCUGAUGAGUCUGAUGAAUCAGAUUGUGCUAAGGAAAUCUGCAAUUUUGAAGAUAAUACCCAGUGCGGAUGGUAUCAACCAGCCUUGGAAGAGAUAUCAGAAACUGAUUCCACCACAAAAAUAUUUAAGUGGGAACUUGGAAGUGGAGCAAAACUAUAUCCUGGAGAAGAAGAGCACUGCCCAUCAACUGAUCAUACUACGAAUACUGAAGAAGGCGUGUAUCUGUUUGCUGACAGCUCAAAUGGAGAAUAUGGUUACACUGCUGAUAUUGCUACACCAGUCAUUUCCUUAACAGGACCCAAAUGCAAAAUCACAUUUUGGAAUCAUAUGAAUGGUUCAACAAUAGGCUCUCUGGAGGUACUCUGUAAAACUGGUAAUAAGACUUCUACGUUAUGGACUCAAAGUGGCAGCCAAGGUCCAAAAUGGAAUAGAGCUGAAGUGUUCUUGGGAAUUCGUUCAGAUUUUCAGGUUAUUUUCAGGACAAAACGUGGUGUCAGUUACAUGGGAGAUGUGGCAGUGGAUGAUAUCUCCUUUGAAGAUUGUUCCCCUUUGCUCAUCCCAGGCAGACCUUGCACAUUAGAGGAAUUCACAUGUGCCAACAAGUACUGCAUCCCAAAGGAUCAACUGUGUGAUUUUGUAAAUGACUGUGCAGAUAACUCAGAUGAGAAUCCUGCCAUUUGCAGUAAGUAUGACCCUGACCUACAGUGUGACUUCGAAAAUGGGCUAUGCAAUUGGGCACAGGACACUGAGGAUGACUUUGACUGGAUCAGGAUACAAGGACCAACCCCUACAGUUAAUACAGGACCAUUAAAGGAUCACACAACAGGCACUAGUCUGGGACAUUACCUGUACAUGGAGUCUUCAGAGCCACAAGAAUUUGAAGAUAAAGCAGUUUUGCUUAGUCCUCUCUUCAACCCCACUUACAAUCGAACCUGCAUUUUCCGCUUUCAUUAUCAUAUGUCUGGAAAGCAAGUUUACACUUUGUCAGUCUUCCAGAGAACUAUGAGUAAUACCAAGGGAAUACUGCUGUGGUACAAGUAUGGAAAUCAAGGUGGAAGAUGGAUAAGACAGACACUGUACAUCAGCAGCUCUAAGCCAUUUCAGGUAAGAUUUUGGUAUUGGCUGUCUCAGAACUCCCAGCUUUCAGUUUUUAGGAGGACUGCAUUGAAUGGAAGCUUGGAGAAAAUGUGCAAUAUUUUAGGAUUGCCUGAGAUGGAGUGGACAAAAGCAAGUAUACCAGUAGUCAGUGCAGCUGGGAACUUAUCUUUUCAGAUCAUUUUCCAAGCUACAAUUCGAGCAGCAAAUGCUACUGUUGCUAUAGAUAACAUCAGUAUAACAAAGGGAUGUGAAGUUGUGAACAUAUCACUAUCGGCUAUCAAACCGGAAAACAAAGCUUCUGUGUGUGACUUUGAAAGAGAUAACUGUGGUUGGUUUGAAACUGCAAAUGCAGAUGGAUUUGAUUGGAUAAGAAGUUCCAGCAGUUCUCUUGAACCUGCUUUUCAGCAGCAAGCUCCUCCUCAAGAUCACACCUACAACAAGUCUGAAGGUCAUUUUAUGUUCAUUUUGAAAAACAGCAGCAGCAUUUCACAAGUUGCUCAGCUACGAAGCCCAGAGUUCAGACAAACAGGAUCAAAUUGCACAAUGUCCUUUUGGUAUUACAAUUAUGGACAGUCAGUUGGAGCAGCAGAGAUGCAACUGCUUGUGGAUGGGCUGGAUGUGCCUACUGUUCUUUGGAGGGUAUAUUACAACCAGGGAAAUCAAUGGUUGAAGUCAGUCAUUCAGCUUGGACGUCUUUCACAUCCCUUCCAAUUUUCACUCAAUAAAAUCAGCUUGGGAUUUUAUGAUGGUGUCUCAGCAAUUGACGAUAUUACAUUUGAAAAUUGUGCUCUUCCACCUCCAGCAUUAAGCUGUGAAGGUUCUAAUUGGUUUUGGUGCAGAGAUACAAAAGCAUGUAUUAGCCGUUUAUUGGUGUGCGAUCUUGUGGAUGACUGCGGAGAUGGAUCAGAUGAAGACAAGUGCGAUAUUUGUUCACCUACAGGAAGAGAAUGGCAAUGUAGUGAUGGCUCCUCCGCUCCAUCUGGAGAGUUGUGUGUUUUCACCAACCAGUGCGGAAGCAGCAGUGAUGAGAGACAAGAUCACAUUUCAGUAUUGGAUCAGUCAGAAUGGAGUAUUGAUUGUGGGGCUUCAAAAGCACUCUGA